AUGACGAACUGGGGGUUCGAUAUUAUCAAGCCAGACAAACCGCAGGACAAGCUCGCUCGCGGCGGUAAGAUGCACCAUCUACUUGACAUCGCCUUCCCCAAGUUCUACAAAGACAACUCCGUCUGGAAGCUGUUUCCUUUCACCACUCCCGGCGAGAUAAAACGCAUCUUUGAGAAGCAAGGGGUUGCGGGGAAGUAUGACUUCUCGAGCCCGCUAUAG